AUGGACCAAUUGAAGCUACAUCAUCUCGAGAAACUAUUGGAGGUCCCGACGGCACGAGGACCUGUGCAGGCCAAUGACAUCUCAGUUUUAACCUGUGGAUGCUUGGUAUCAGAAUCUGAAUAUACUUUAGAAAAUGCCAAUCCAGAGGAAGGUAUUUGUCCACACUGUUCCAAGAUAGGGCAAAUUUUGGCCCCUAUAGAGCCAUUGAGGGAACUAUAUGUGAUGUUGAAAGAGCUCAGAGCCUCCCAAUCUCACUCGAAGUCCCGCAGACAUUCAUCUUCAAAAAAAAGUAUCCAGGAUGAACAGCGUCCAAAUAUGGAUUUGCUUGGACUUUUCUACAAUUAUGCCAGAGAAGAUCCCAAAAUCUCUACAUCAGCUGCUACCAAUGCCAUUCCUAUACCCAAUGCCAGCGACUCAGAAACCCAACUGGUACACUCGUCCGUAGCAAGAGCCCUAACUUCUCUUUCACUUUCACCGGAAGAUAGGUAUACGGAUUCUAUGGUGGACAAUCGGCCAUCUACCGCCUGGGAAACGGUCCUUCUUUCAGGUAUGAACGAGCAGAGCGAGUACAACUUCAGCAAAUGCUUUCCUCUUUAUCGACAACUCACCAGCUACCAGACUCCACUACUGAAAUCCAUCAUGUCGGCUCUCCCAUUUCGCCUGGGUUCAGCAAUGAUUCGUAAAUCCUUUCGCUAUUUGACGACUUGCAUCCACUCCUAUAUUGACCGUGGCCAGGGUCGCGAGGUCAGUAGAUACGUCUUGUUGAGCCCUAAGCGGUGGGAGAUCCACCUCAUUAAGAACGACACCAAAAAGGCAUCUUUGAUUAGCUGUGGAAAGUCUUCAGGCGAGUUUGGUUCCGAUCCCAAUCUGGUAGCUGCUCCAUUACUGGAGGGGAUAGUUAUUCGUAAUGACUUUUCAGGCUCAUCCUCGUCUACUACUACUGAAGAUAUCAAGCGACGGUUGAAUCUGUGGGAAAUGGUCCAGUGUCGUCUCUCUCAAAAUUUGCUCUUGCUUUCGGGCUCUCGCGGAACUUUGAGGCUACUUGAUAUCAAUGGAGCCCCAUUGUAUACGUACGUUACCAACUUUCCCAUUCGGUGCAUUGCUAUAUCUCCCAGUGAAAAUCUCAUAGCUUGUGCUAUCACUGCCAAAGAACGAGUAAGUGGAAAGGAACAGCCAUUCAUAAUUUUGCACAAGCUUCACUGGAAUAAUCUCUACUCAAAUACUCGCCAACUAGUAUCCGUGGAGCCCAUUACCAUCACCAUACCUUAUCGAGACCCUAUCAAACUCAUCAACUUUAAUCUGUCGCUGUCGCAUCUUGUGUGUUGCACGGUAUGGGAAUCCCGAUACUUUGUCGUCAAGCUCUCAGGAAAAGGAGCCGGAGACUUUAACCGUCCUAGACUCGUGUGGACAGACGUGAGGGACCUGGGCCGAGAUCCCCAUCCUUCGUCGGAUCGGGGCGAUCGGUCCAGUGAAGAUGAUGUAAUGAUGGACAACGAGGGCAUAACAGACAUUCAAUUUGGCAAGUCGGGCACUAAUACCGUGGUAUUAACAUUUUGCUCGUUGAAGAAUAGACCUCCGUUGGUUAUACAACUCGAAGGAGAAACGAUGGACCACAACUAUUCGCAUGGUGAUGUUUUUUCCCUGGCUAUCAGUGGCCAUAGCAGCAACCACAGUUAUAAAGAUGAUGAGGACGAAGAUUUUGACCGAAGUUCGGCGAUAAAAUCGGCUUCUCCGCUCUUCAAAAUCCAUCAGGUCGGUACCUAUAUUCAUAGAGUUGCCCUUCUGCCUCGUGGCGACGGCAUGGCCUUUCUCGAUCGAGAGGGAAGAAUCUUCGUCGCUGCCACACCCAACUUUAGCAGUCGCCAAGCAAAAAGAUUGGUUGUUCUUUUGGGCGAAACCAUGGGUGCUGAACGGUUCACUCUUGCUGCUUCGAUCCGAUUUUCAGCCGAUGGUUCCAAAAUCAUUGUGGUUGACCGUCGAGGACUCGUCCAGAUUUUCGACUUUGCCAAGGGCGUCCCAGGCUCGGAUGUCGACGUAAUCAAGUGUAAAUUGAUUUCUUCGUGA